AUGCAGGAAUCUGCUAACUCCCUGGCGAUGGAUGGCUACUGUAGUAACGUGCCAGCCUUCCUCACCAAGCUGUGGACUCUGGUGGAAGAUCCUGAAACCAACCAUCUUAUAUGCUGGAGUGUGAAUGGAACCAGUUUCCACGUCUUUGACCAAGGCAGGUUUGCCAAGGAAGUCCUGCCUAAGUAUUUCAAGCACAAUAACAUGGCUAGUUUUGUGAGGCAGCUGAAUAUGUAUGGAUUUAGAAAAGUCGUGAAUAUAGAACAGGGAGGACUAGUGAAACCAGAGAGGGACGACACAGAGUUUCAGCAUCUGUACUUCCUGCAGGGACAUGAACAUAUGUUGGAGCAUAUCAAGCGGAAAGUAUCCGUUGUGAAAAGCGAGGAGACAAAACUCCGACAAGAGGAUGUGAGCAGACUGCUGUAUGAACUGCAGGGCAUGCGGAGUCAGCAAGAAAACACGGAGUGCCAGAUACAAGACAUUAAGCAGCGGAAUGAAGUCCUGUGGAGAGAGGUUGUCUCCCUUAGACAAAACCAUUCACAACAGCAAAAAAUCAUUAACAAGUUAAUCCACUUUCUGUUCGGACAGCUGCCUCCUGGCCCCUCCAGUUCUGGGAUAAAGAGAAAGAUACCCCUUAUGUUGGAUGAUGGAACCUCUGCCCUACCAGUGUCCAAAUAUAGUAGACAUCCUGUAGACUCCUUGCAUGACCCAUAUUACAUUCAGUCGCCAUCUACAGAUCCAGCUUCCUCUUUGAGCAGUCCUGCUGUCAGUGCUGGGCCUAUAAUAUCGGAUGUGACAGAGACUCUACCCACCAGCGCAGUGACUGCCCAGCCUAGCACUGAAGGAGAAAGGGGCAAGUGUCUUCUACUGAUCAAAGAAGAGCCGAUCAGUCCAGUAGUAAAGGGAUCAUCCGAAGCAGAUGUCUCCCUAAACGGUUGCGGUGCAUGCACUGACCCACCAGUGUUACCAGUGGCAAUGGUUCAAUCCAUACUGGAAGGAAAAGAAAGUUGUAGUCCACCUCAGCCCUCAGGAUCCCAACAGCUGGAGGCACGAGGACAAAGGAGUUCCUUGGCAAGGGAAGAGCUGCCAGACUCUCUGGACAGUACUGAUGUCAAUUUGGAAGGACUACAGUUGCUGCUCAGAAGUCAGCAUUAUAGUCUGGAUUCUGCUGCUGUUCUAGAUGUUUUCAGUGCCGGCCUCUGUGUAGGUGAAUGGAGUCUUCCAGCUGUGGACACCUCUCUGUCAUCGGUACAACAGCUCUCGAUGGAUCUGGAGAGGAAUGCAAGUGAAAUGCAUCCUAAAGAGAUGAAUCCACAGUUCAACUCUUGCUCAGAAGACAUGGUGAACCUAGCAGGAUCCUCGUCACUAUUCGGUACAGAUGACAGUGUGGCGUCCUACCUCUCCAGCGGCAUUCUUCAAGGCGAUGCUGCCCUUAGACUGCACCCUCCAGAGGAGAGGAAUGAAUAA